AUGAGUAUAGCUGCAUAUGCGUAUGAAGCUGACAGAGCUAAACGUUUAUAUUUUGGUCAAUACUCUCUCACACUUACUGACAAAUAUAUUGUUAUCAGUGAUGGAAAUACCGAGAAAUACAUAACAUGGAAGGACUAUGAAAAGUUUGACCCUAUUUUAACUCCAUGUACUAUGCCAUUCAUUGUAAAUGGUGAAGUUGUCAUGAAGAACGACACAACAGUAUAUAAGUCUGUUCAUGAAGCGUUAGAAUAUAUGUUGAAUUAUAAUCCCGAAAGAUUUGACCCAAGCACUACACCAUGUGCAAUGCCUUUUAUUAAGGACGGUGAAAUCGUAAGAGUUCCGGAUUCAACGGUUUACACAGCUGUUCAAAACAGUUUACAAAACAUUUUAGCGAAUAUCUUUAAUUCAGAAACUACAGAAAUAAAAUUACCAUAUAUAACAGAUGCUAAAGAAAUUAAAUCAAAAACGACAACAUUAUUUACGUCACUUAAUGAUUUAAUGACUUAUAUCAUUAAUAUUCCUGCACCAACUACAGCAUUUGAUCCAAACUCGACG